CACGAGAGACAGAGAGCUGGAAUUGCAGAGGCAGAGAACGCACACCGUGUUCGCCUCCCGCAUACCGUGGUGAGUUCCCGUGCCUGUCACCAAAACCGAAGCACAGGGCUCGAGCGCGGUAAUGUCCUGCACUUUAUUUGCGGACAAGACUGUGAAGCAACCUCCCAGCCUCUCCAUUAUUUAAUCUUUUUCCCUCCUUUUGUGUUUUGCUUUCCCAUCUUUGUGGGUGCAGAGAUUGGUGUGAGCGAGAGGAGCGGUUUUUUCCAUUGAGCCAUUCGAGACGGUGCCGCGAGACAGCAGGACGGAGACGUUUACAUUGGUUUGGGAGGAGGGCUGUCUGGGGAGACCAGAUGAAAGGGGACAAUGGCUGACGGCUGCAGCGGCUCCGUGACCCGGGAUGAGGACCGGAGCAGCGUCACCGACCGCCGCGCCGAGCCAGCGUUGACACCGCAACAGCGCGAGCAUCCAGCGCGAGCCCCAGAGCGAGCCCCCAGACUCUCUAUCUCCCUUGGGCCAUUGAAUCAACUCUCCUGUUGUUAGAACUACUCCGUCAGCUACCAAGAAGAAACACUGAUUUUGAUUCAGCAAGACUGUUCACUGAAUGAGUAGCGUGUCAGAUCACCUACAUUCAGGCCACACUGGGGCUCCAGUGGGCUGUGGUGAGACUCGAGCUGAGGAAAAAGCGUGUGUGGGGGAGCUGGAGGGGCUAGCCGGGCCUGAGCUCUGGACCAGGGAGCUCGGGCUCCAGGAGGGGUCCCAGGAUCCCUCUAACGAUGGACUGGCAUCGGUGAUCCCGGACCACUUUCCCUCCUCUCCUUCCGCCCUGGCCAACGGCCUCCACCGGCAGGGAAGGCUGGGGCACAGCCGGCGCAAAAAGACUGACACUCACACUGAGACACAUGUGUUGGCAGAGACACUUAGAAACAUGCAAACGCAUAUAGACACGGCUGUGCAUGAAAAGGUUGUUUCGCAUGCAGGCAUGGAUAUCCAUCCACAUACGGGUUCUGUAGGUCCAAAGCUCUCCGGAACUCUUACACCUGACGCCAUACGCACAACUUCACCUCAACCCCUGUCUGUGGCACUUGGCAAUCAUCCUGCCUCGAUCAAUCAACGGAAAGCCCCGGUCCUCAAUGCAGAGACUAAAAACCCCUCCACUUUUUGUCCAGUCCCUGUUGGCCCCACCCCAAACACAGGGUCCUCUGCUCUUCCUGUGGAGACAGAGAAGAAGUAUGCACUCCGCAGCUCCGGACGUCCACGCUUCCCCUGUCACCUGCGCAAAUCCUCCCGCCUCCGCCGAGGCAUGGAGGAUGGGGGGAAAAGAGCAGGGAGGGAGAGGGGAGGAGAGGAGGAGGAUGAAGUAUUAGUGGAGAAGAUCUGGAGGGUUAAAGAGGAGGAGGUAGCUGUUGGAGAGAAGGAAGUGCAUUCGUCUGUGGAGGCUGUUCUCCCCACAGCUCCCCCUCCUACAGACAUCCCUAUUGCUCUAACUGUACCCAAACCUGCUCAAAAAGCUGUACCCAAACCUGGGCCCAGACUUGGGCAUAAACCUGGACCUAAAUCCAGGUCUAGGCCCCCACCAAAAGUCCAGAAAGCAGCUCCUAAAAGUGUGAAACAGCGUCAGGCAGCCAUGGCUCAACGUGCAGCUGCUCAGCUUCCAUUUACGAACACAUCAACCAUCGCUGCAGCUUCACUAGCCGUGAAGCAGGAACCUCUCCCCGAUUUGGGGGGAUCAGGCUCCAAUAACCGAAGACGUGGGCGUUUCGUAGGUGUGAGGAAGAUUGUUGUCAAGGUGGCUCGUAUUCCCGUUAACCUCAGCCGCCGACAGAAGAGCUACAAGAUUUCCAAUAUGGAGACAGUGAGAGAUAAAAGCAACGACUGCGGCGUGGAUGGCUCAGUGGUGGCUCGAGAACCGACCGCACUUCUCCGAAUGAAGAACAAUGGAAAGAGCGUUAUGGUGAUGUUUCCUCCCGGAGAGAUGCCUGUUAUUCUCAAGCGAAGGCGGGGACGACCCCCCAAACAGCCCCCGCCAGGAAUACCGGCAGAACUUCUCAACACCCCGAACGCUGGUGGUAUAGGAGACCCGCCCAAGAAGCCCCAGAGGCGGCGACGGACUAAACUCCCCGCCCCUUACCCUUCCUAUGUUAAUGAUACUAAUGAUGUGAAAACAGAAUAUGGGGAUGUCCUGUCCAAACUGGCCUUUUUGAACCGCCAGCCCCCAGUCACUGGCCGCUGCUCUCCCCCCCGCUGCUGGACACCCAGUGAGCCAGAUAGCUUUCAUACCCCUCUGGAAAACCCUGGAAUAUCAACCUUGCUCCACCGGCUCACCGGCUAUAAACGCCCCCGAGGUGGCAGAGGAGGGGGCGCUGGGAGAGGGGGAGGAGGAGCAGGGGGGGUUGGGGGGAAUGAGCGCAACAAGAGCACCUUCAGUGACUUCUUUGAAUCUAUUGGCAAGAAUCAGAAAAUGAGCCCCCUGUCUGAGCAUGGAUUACCCAAGAAAAGGGGAAAGGGUAGGGGAGGGGGCGCUGUAGGAAGUGAUCCUGGGGCGGAGAAAACAGUUAAGAGGAGACGUGUGAAAAAAAAUGGGGCAUUUAAAGGGGAGGGAAUGUCCAUGGGGCAGGAGUGGCCCAAUGGAGCAGGUGGCUGGGGGGAGGGUGGUAUGGACAAGGAGAAAGCUCUGGGUGGGUAUCAGUUCUGUGGAUCUCCAAGAAGAGGCUUUUCCUCCUGUGAGGUUGGAAGGGGAGGGUCCUACAGCAGCCCGGGAGGGGGCAGGGGGGUGAGGCCUGCAGGGGAGGACUCACAGGGCCUGUUUGCCGGAUAUUUCAGGUCCCUCCUCGACUCGGACGACUCGUCAGACCUGCUGGACAUUGCCUCCUCGCAGUCAGACCCCCGGAAAGCUUCAUCCACCCCUGGUUACGAGUCAUCCAGUCCAGCUACCAGCCACAGCUGGUCCCCUGCAUUCCCCAAGUGGAGCUCCAAGGGGGCAAAUUCUGGGGUGGAGGGUUCCCUGCACACACAUGGCUCCUCAGCAAGGCCUCCUCACAGCUAUGGCAGCCUGGCCCAAACUUCCCCCACCACUUCUACCUAUCCCAAAUCCACUCCUCCAUCUCUCUCACACUCGCCCAGCUCACCCCAUCCUUCCUCUUUUGGCCAUUACUCCUCCGGCUACUCCUCCUCUUCUCCUGCGGUGCCACAGAGACCCUCAGACUGCAGCUUUGCAUAUGGAUCUGGCAAGGCUGUCGGUCAAAUGGGUUACUCUAACUACCAGGCAGCAGCCAAAAGAGGUUAUGGUGGAUAUCCUGCAGCAGGUCAUUCCUCCAUGGUGCGGGGGGAGUCAACAGGACCCACAUCACCAGGAGGAGGGUACAUGUCUGUGGCCAAAAGCAACCCCUUCAGCUCCACUUCAUCUCCAGAGGGUUACAAACAGUACAACUCCAGUCAGUGGAGCUACAGACAAGGUUAUGGCGGCUGGUCAACAGACGGCUUUGGGCCUCAGUAUCACGGCUACAGUGAAUAUGGCUCCAAUGAGUCCAAAGACAUCUUGGAUAUCUCAAACUACACUCCCCAGAAGGCCAAGCGACAACCAUUUCCUGAAAUUCUCUCAGAAUCCUCGUCUGACUCUUCACACCUUGGCUCUGCGGCCACUGGCAGUGGACCCAGCUCCACCUGUGGCACCUACAAACUGAGCGAGGCUCCCUCUGUCAGCGGAGAGGGGGGGCAAUCCAGUCUGUCCAGCCUGGAGAAGCUGAUGAUGGAUUGGCAUGAGAGUGCUUCAGGACCUUCGUAUAACUGGAGCCAGAAUGUGCUCUUCCAGGGCGGGGGGGCCACCGGCAAACCUGGUCGUGGUCGAAGGAAACGGACUGAACCACUUUUAGAAAAAGAAGGAGGGUCUGGUUUACUCUCCGACUCCCCGUCCAGCCCGUCCCCAACGCCUACUCCUGGACCUAAGCGGGGAGUUGGGGGACGGGGCAGAGGGUCCAGAGGAGGCAGAGGGGGUUUGUCUCCAUGUCAGAGAGAGCGGAGGGCCAAAGGCAGAGGCAAGGCUGCUGCCUCAACAUCUGGAGCAGUUUCUGCUGGAGGUCCAGAGGGGCUUUUCCAGGAGGGGCUGGAUUAUUACAGUGGAGACAGUAGCAGCCUCUCUCCCCUGGCCAACCCCAAUCCUGCACCCCAAUCCAGCUACCUCCAGGACCCCUGUGAGUACCCCUCCCCUUACCCCUCCACACCCUCCUCUGAGGAGCGAUAUCCAGCCUUAUACCCUGGAGAGUCCUCUUCUUCCCUCUCACCCAGUGUCUCCUCUCCCUCUUACCCUCCCAAGCCAACACCUCCUCCCCCCCAGACGUACCACCCCGUCCCCUCCAGGACAUUCUCCCCCUCCUGCUCUCCCUCACCCCGCAUAACUCCCCUCUGUGCCACUUCACUGAGUCCCUCUCAACGCCCCGCUCAGAAAGACCCACAGUUCUCGCAGUAUGACUCUCCCAGCUACUGCAGCUCCCCCUACUGGUACGGACAGACGUCGCACAGCGGCAGCCCCAGCCCGCACUCCCACAACACACACUCAAACACAGCCGCGCACACACACAGCAACCCGCACACAAGCCCCCAUGGAAGUACACACAGUAAUGCGCUCGCUAGCCCCAAUGCGAACACACAAAUGAAUCCCCAUGACACACAUCUUAACAACACACAGCCCCACACAAACGUACACACCAACACCACCUCCCUCCUCCAGUCCCACUCAAACCCCCACACUAACAACCACCCCCAUCCCAACUCUCACCUCUCCUCCCAUACUCACUCCAACCCCAGCACCAGCCUACGCCAGGGCCCCAUGCCUCACUCCCCGUACCCCAAACUGGCCCUGGACUCCUCGCCCCAUCAGGAGGACACUGGGGGCUUCUCCUUGUCCCACCAAUCCUAUUUGGGCAUGGGACACCGCUACCCCUCCCAAGGAGCUCAAGGGGGGGGGGUGCUGUGCCAGCUCCUGGACACAGCCAACGAUGACAGCUUCAGCGUCACCAGCCUGUAACAGCAGGUGCAUUCAAACCAAGCUUUUUCAGAUUUGCAAAUGUUUUUUUCUUCUUUUUUGUUAAGGAGACUUUUUGUUAGAGAAUGUGAAAUGAAGGGCGAGAAUUUAGCUGCCAGCUUUGGACAGUAAAGCUUUAAUUCUCCAGCAUUGACAAUCAAGAUCAACUUCAAAUUAAACAUGCAUGCACGACACACACACACACACACACACACACACACACACACACACACACACACACACACACACACACACACACACACACACACACACACACACACACACACACACACACACACACACACACACACACACAGAGAGAAAAGCAUGUGCAGAUUAAUUCACUACCUAUACAUGGACACAUACAUUCCUACAUGUGAACACUCACUCACACUAUGCUGGAGUAAGGGAAUGGCCAAGAGGAUCUGCCAGAUGAAAACCAGAUGCUGAUGGACAGAGACAAACCUUUUUCCUCUUCCCUUCAAGUCCUGUUGUGAUUCAUAAACAACUCCAUUUCCCAUAAGUCUGUAUCCCUCCGCAAAUCUUUCUGGUCCUGUUCUUUACAUCUGCAACACUCUCCCUUCUUUUUCUGUCCUCUCUCAACCUCCUGUCCUCAGCUAAACCAGCAACUGUUCUGCACUACACUGACCCUGCAUUUCUGUCUUGUGCUCUCGCCUGAACCGCAUCUGAGCCCAAACCAACUUUUGAAAUACCAUGAGCCUAGCAAAUGUCCCGCUCUGUGCACUCCUUGUGUUGUGUCCCAUAAGAGAAAAGUGGACUAAAGCGCUCUCUGCUUUUGAAAUACCAGCAUCUGUACAUAUGACUCCAGCUCCAAGCCAGAGGCCCCCUGAUCACUCUGAGGGUCCGCCAUCAACAUGCCCUCCCCAGCGUUCUGCCAUGGUUUCUCUGCUCUGGGGAGGGGGAGAGAGAACUGCAGCAUGGAGACCCAACAUCCUGUGUUUUGCUGUUUUAACUACAAGGGAAAGAGACAUCGAAAUCACACACCGGCCCCAAAGAGACUUGUUUUUCUGUGUGCAAACGUGAGACAGAGGAAGGUGUGUUUAGCAUGAAUGCAGUGAUGCAUGUAUUUGUGUGUAUGUGUGCAUUUAUGUUUGUGUGAGCGUGUGUGUGUGGGGUCAAAAGGAGUGAAGCUCUCCAGACACCAAAAGUCUUGGCGGGGUCUCAUUCUUUCUUUCACUCUCUCCCUUCUUUUUUCUGUGGUCUUGUGUUGUUUGGUGGUUUUUGUGAUGAAAAAAAAUGUAUAUCUGUCUGUUACAUAUCAUGUAUGUAUCUGAGGUGCAAAAUAUUUAAAUACACAUUCUGUUCUUGCCAUUGGUAA